AUGCAGGCAAGAAGGAGAUUCAAAGCUCCCCAGAUAUUGAUGGUCAUCAUGACGUCCAUUUUAGCGACAUGUACAAUUUCCCUUUAUUUCACGAGUAAUGACCGUUUCAAAACCACGCUGAUCAAGGGACUCACAGAUAUGGAGGAGAGAAGCAACUUCAACAUUCACCCCUGGGAAGGUAAGUCAAUCGGCGAUUGCUAUCCUCAGUUACAGUCCAUACUUUCUUAGAAAGAGAUUCCGGUGUACACGAAUCUGUGAUGUAAACUUUGGGUUUGGAAAGGCUCUCGCACAGGGGAAUUUUUAUUUGCAUUUGUCGCUCAUUAGCAUAGGCUCUUUAUAAUCCUAUCAAGCUACAAAAAUGUAAAUACUGAAACCUGAAAAAAUAGAACAUUUUAAGCUUUAACCAUCAACAAUUACCUAUGCCGCACGAUGUCAAAAAUAGAAAUAUUACAAAGAAUGUAUGGUUUCAUUAGCUCUUUUGCCACCCACAAAGUUGGCCGUUUUCCGAUGGCGAAUAUUUCAAUACGUUUUGCCCACAAUAGGCGUCCACCUCACAUAUUUCAAAGACUAAGACGCUCUAGCAAUUAUUGAAAAAAAAUUAUCUCUUAAUCUCACUUCUUUUCCAUGAAAAAAUAAACGCUGUUGAAGAAAAACGUAAACAAUGACCGGAGUAAAGACUCCCCUACAAUCCUCAUGCUUUUCUACUACAGAUGAAUAAGGGGGGGGGAGUAGGUUCCUCAAAAAAAUUGUGAUAGCGCGUCGGUGAGGGGUAUCACAAGAUACUUUGCUUUUAUCAUCCAAAUUGACAAUGUAAAUUGGUUACCGUAAAGAGUUUCUAAAGCCGACGUUUCGAACGAAGAAACUCUUCUAGGCGGCCAAUUUGCAUUAUAAACCCAGUUGGGCUAUAAAACUAAAAUAUUUUCGAGGAUAAAGCCGUUUUCCCAAAGUAGAUUCAUUGUUUUCGCCAUUGUUUUAUUUUAUCCAAGUACUGUUUGCAUAAUGAAUGGUAUGUUUGCAUAAUAAUUGGUAUGAGAUUCUACAGGGAUCUUGCUCCCUCAACAAAUAACAAUGGUAGAAAAUAAGUCAGAAUUGGCUUUUUUCAUUUUACUGGACAACGCAGAACCUAAGAAACCAAAAUGAUGAGAAGGUUAGAAAUGAAGUGAAUUCGGGAAGAUUCCUUUAGCACCAUGCUAUUCCCAUACCACUUACUCGAAUGAAGGGCUAACGCUCGAAACGUGAGCUUUACAAACUCUUUACGAUGGCCAUUAUCAACCCAGUUGAAUUAAAACCAAAUCAUUUAUAUUCUUAAACAAAGCCACAGUCCCAAAGGUAAUCUAUUGUUUCUGCCAUUGUUUCUUUCUCCAAGAACUUUCUGCAUAAUGAAGCAUGGGCUGUGCAGAAAUCUUAAACUAACCUCUUUCGACCGCCUUUUUUUCCUGUGUCAUCGGAUUUCAGAAUUAAUUGUCGUGAUCAAUUGCAACAUUACCUAAAGCUCGAUACAGCUCAUGCACUUUCACUGUAGAAAUAACCACUUGCGUAAUCGAAAUUUUAAAACAAUACCGUACAAAAUCAUCAAUAAAGUCUUGGUCUUUAAUUGUUUUCCAGUCGAUUGGUUUUUACGGUUAGUUUUGUUUUAACACCUCAUAUUUUCGGACGAACGCACGCAUAUCAAUUUUUCCUUUAAAUAAGGUUUUAAAGGUUCUUCAUUCUUCAUUGAUAUGGUGUUGAGGAGGCUCUGUGACUCGCUAGCUCGCUAUUGAAAAGACCAAAAGGAAUCGUGACAUUAAAAACAGAAUUCUAGGGUUUUUAGUAGGAGUUUCGAAAUUAGUAAUAGAUCGACGUGGUGCUUUGUUUCUUCUACAACUUUUAAGAGAAAAAAAAAUUGCUUAUAAAUUUGAUGCAAUAGAUAAUGAAGAGGCUGUGUUGAGAUAGUGAUUGAAAAGACCGUUUAUGUGAGUGUUGAAAGAGAGGAAUGAUUGGAACCAAUAUAAUAACCAGCUCCCAGUUGGCUUGUUAGCUCAUUUAGUAGAGUGCUGCACAGGUAUCGCAGAGGUCAUGGGUUCAAAUCCCGUACAGGUCUGAAUUUUUUUCACGCUUCAUUUUCACUACUGCUUAAGUAGUGUUCAUCACUGCAAAGAUCGCUUUCAUAUUCAUAAUGAUUGCUGUGUCGCGUCAAAGCAUAUUCUCAAGCUCGCGAUUUGUAAUGUGAUGAGCAGCCCCUUAAAACGAUGGGACAAAAUGAUCAGAAUGCAGCUACUUUGCAAUACAAGUGCUCGCAUUUAAAAUUAAAAUUUUUGACAAAUGUGUGUUCACCAUAAUAUCGAGGGGCUUCAAGUUAACUGAGGUUUAAAAGUGUUCGGAAAAACAGUUAAACACAAAACAGAGCGAAAUUAUUCAUUAGUUACCGAGGCAGAAACGCAAGUUGAUCAUAGCAUUUAGAGCCUAAAUUAACAUGAAUUUUUUUGGUUCAUGCAGUGCCGUCAUGAGAAGUUUGUUUUUCAUGAAUGUAUAGAAAUAUGAAAUUAUGCCUAUAUCGAUAUUUUGGUCGAUUUCCAGAUAACCAGUUUAGUUUUCUUUGAAAGAGCGCUUUAAGAAACAGCGACCCGACAAGUUUGUCCUGGGAGAAAUUUUGGCCACGCAAGAUGGCCGAAUUGUUGUCGAAAACUUAUAUCUAACAUAAUGAAUUAUUAACGAGUUUUAAUUUGUAAAGCUCAAGGUAAGGCGAGGGAACGGAAAAGAAGGCCAGAGGCCUCCAGAAUAGAUUGUUGACCGAAAAAAAAAAAGACCAACGCGAAAUAUUGGUCGGCCACAGCACAUGCGCGUAGUGCGACAUUAAGAAUUACCUACAUCUGUUUUGACUAAUAACUACGUUUUCUUUUCUAGUUUUUUCAACCUUGAAAUCAAUGCGAAAAGGGGUAAGUGUCGUAAAAUUAUUCCAUAUCACUAUUUUGCCUGUCAAAUAUCCUUAGCGUUCACAUUAAAAAAUUUUAAAAAUAAUUUAUUUCGAUUCUUUAACCCUUAACACCCUCAACUCAUUUCGUUUAUUGUCCAUGCUAAUCUCCAUACUUUUCCUAUGGCGCUGAAGAACCAAGAGCUUAAUCUUGUCAGUGAUCAUUUUCUUUAUUCUCGCGACUUUAAUGGGUGCCUGAUGCUAGAUGCUAAUCACUCUUCAGAGUUUAUUGGGUUAACCCUUUUAGACGCAAGCCUGAGAGCUCACUGUCCGAACUAAUGAUCGUGCAUGUCUGAAUCUGCUGGUACUGGCCAUCUGAUGUUAUAAUAAAAACAAAAAGCCCCAUCUGAUAAUGCUUGAAAACAAAUCAUUCAAGAACAUCUAGGUUACAUCUCACAUGAUCUUUGAUCCUUAUAAAAUAACAAGGAUGUGGCCAGCGCCCUGACUGGUCCAAAACCUAUGUUUUUCUUUUUGCAUCAGGCAACCCAGAAAACAUUAAAACAAACCGCCUUUUCUAAAUUUCUUUUACAAAAGCAAUAGACCACUCUCUCCAUCAAUAUACCAGUGUAACAACCCUUGUAGGAUCUCAGAGGAACAAUCGGCUAGUCUCAGCUCAGGAUUUACAACCUUUUUUCCUUUCCUCCCAGCCUCCUGUGUGGCUUAUGACAGCAGUAAACCGAUAAAGAGUGCAGUUCAUUGCUUAAAUAGUUCGCUAAAAAAUUUGCUCGUUUACCCCCUUGUUGUUUCUUUAAUAAUCAUCAGGUUUGUUCUCAUCCUUUUUGUUUUUGGCUCUCCGGUACUAUUAAUCUUUUUUCUGUGUAUUAUCCUAUUUCCACAGAAAAUAAUUGUCUACAAUAGAGUGGGGAAAUGUGGAAGCCGCACUAUGAUACAUCUCAUGGCCACACUGACAAAAAAACUGGGGUAUAAAGUGAUUGGUUCAACCCAGAACAGUAACGGAGAAGUCACUCUUCGCGAACAGGUAACCGCUAUUAAGAGAACGAUCAUCAUUUAUCGCGGAUGAGGGGAGGGGUGGGUCGGAGGACUUUUGCCAUGUCACAAUAAAUUUAUCUAAUCCCCCCUGAGGUAUUGUUGUGUUGUUAUGAUUCCUCAGUCAAUGUUUUAUAGUAACCCCCUUGUCUUGAUAUUCUGUUGGUAACGACUUAUUCUCCCUCUGUUCCCACACAAUGUGAUCCCCCCAGAUGUCCGUUUCCCUGCCUCCAAAAACAACAUUGAUAUUGCAGUCUAGGGGAGGAUUGAUUACCGGGGGCCUGGCAUUAAAAAUAAGAUGCCAGACCAAUUCAAGAUCUGUGGUUGGCUCGCGUUGCCCAAGGCUCCACACUUUCCCAUGCAUGCGUUUUGGCGAUUAACACAGCUGACAUGUCCUAAUUUUCUUUUAUUUUUUCUUUCCAUUUAUUUUCUUUCUUUCUUUCUCUCUUUCUCUAUUUAUCUAUCUCUUAAUUGUUUUUCUCUCCUUCUGUUACCUUUACAGGUUGAACUUGUGGACCUCAUAGAUCGGUUCCAGCCACCAUUCAUCUAUCAUCACCACAUACGUUUCGUCGACUUUAAGAGGUAACAACUCCUUUGCUACAAAUUCACCGGCAUGGUUAACCUUUCAACCCUAACCUGGCGGUCUGCAUAUUCUCCACACUGUUCUCCAUGCAUUUUUUAAGGAGUGCUAACAAAGAGAAUUUGUUUAACAAUCAAAAGUUUCACAAGUUGUCGGUCAUUUCCUCAAUUUUCAUUGCUUUUGUGUUUGAUCCAGUAGUUAUACUGUUAGAGGAAAUCAAAUAUCAGUUACUCUUAGAAGAUAAAGGAUUAAAAGAGAGCCAAACACAGGACGAAAUUGCAAGAAUCCGUAAACGGAAACGUGGCAGAAACAUGUUAAACCGUUCCGGAAAUACGACGGAUAACCUGUGUUUCCGUUACCGGUUUCGUGACGUUUUCUCGCGUUUCCGUUGCUGCGUAACAACGGAACCGGACCACUUUUACGUAAACAUAACGGAAACAUGGAGUUGCAUGUUUCCGCCACGUUUCAGAAAUACUGAAACAUGUGAUUUCGUCCUGUGAAAGCUUUCAGAUGAAAUAAAAUCCAACUAAGACUUUAGCUUUACGUUUAUAGUUUUAAUUCGUCUCUACAAUAACAGUUGAAACACAAGUACUUUAAAGCUGAGAAACAUACGGAAGCUCGGAAGUGAUCGGCUACAGCUAUUCACCCUCCGAGCAGCCGAAGAGAUAAUAUCGCGACUUUAGGAUAAACGGUGGAGUUCACCAACAACUAGCAAACGAGUUUAUCGGUUGAAACUUAAUAGUGGAAUAGCCGAAAAAAUCACUGCUUUACUACGAGGAGUGAUUAAUAUUUAUCUUUUAUGUUUGCGAUAUAAUUUUUGACUGGGAAAAACGUAACAGCAAUAGAUUGAGACGUUGAUAACUCGCUUAAUUCUAUAUAACCUAAUAUGCCGGGAAGUAUGUAAAAGUAAAAGGGGAGAAUUAAGUAUUAGAUAAGUGGGAUCUAGCGUUAACCCUUUGAUCCCUAAGAAUAACUAACAUCUAGUUUCUCCUUACUAUAUCACCACUGAAUCACACAUUAAUGUCAUGAGAAUAAAAGAAAUGAUCACCAAGUAAAGAAACUUUUGAUUAUUACACAAAUUCUCCUUGUCAGCACCGUAUUACAUGUACAGAGAACAGUAUGGAGAAUAUAAAUACUGAUAUCGAUGUUAGGGUGUAAAGGGUUAAGAGAGCCCGCAAAAAGGCCCUCAAUAUUAAGGCAUCGACACAAGCCUUUCUCCGUCCGCGGGAAAGUUUGAGGCCUUGACAAACGCUAACCUGUGAGAGGUCUGCAUGGGGUCUCAUUAUUAGUGCCAGACUUCAGGCAAAUAACUCCCCGACACAACUCCUGCAGCACUGAAAAUAAGGGCCUGCUCGCAAACUAGCCUUGAAUAAAAUGCAGUUAUCUUUUCUUUACUCCAGAUUUGGCGCCGUUCAACCCAUUUACAUCAACUUGAUACGGGAUCCCCUGGCUCGUAUGGUCUCUUCGUACUACUACACAAGAUUCGGGGAUCAUAGAGAAGGUGAAAGAAAUUGGAGCUUCAAAGGCACGGAGGAACAGAAAAAUAUGGUUUGUGUAGUGAAAGCUACCUUCUUUAUCGCUUUCGCUCUUUGAUAUGUCACGCAGUGCUAUCAGGUUCAUUAUGAUCUUACGAAAACGUUGCGUGACAUCUCAAAGAAGAAAGUGAAGGAGACCAAACUUCCCCUAACUCUCCCCACUCUGAGCGAUUGGCAGGUACGAUGGAUCAGCUUCUCGUCUACUGAGGGGGUAGUUGUAAUACUCCUUAUCAUUUUCAAAACUCCACCGAAACUGGGGUAAACUCCGGCAGGGUGGGUCUCUAGGCACACAAGCCGACUUUUAGUUUUUCUUCUUCUACACCCACCCCUCCCUCAGAACUCUCUUCUCGCUCCUCAGCAGAAAAGUGUCGACAUAAACUCAAACUGGUCAACUGAAAACUUCCUAAAACUUCACUUCUCUUAAAAGUAACUUUUAAUUUUUCCUGCCUACUCGUCUCCUUAGACCUUUGAUGACUGCGUCAAAAAGGAAAUGGAUGACUGCGUCAAACCGCAAAGAGUGUUUUACAUCAUUCCUUACUUUUGUGGCAAUGAAUUCUACUGCAGGUGAGAACCGUUAUCAUAACGAUAAUAAUAAUAAUAAUGACGAUGAUGAUAAUGAUAAUGAUAAUUAGAGUAUUUCUAUAGCGUUAUUUACACAGAAAUGAUCAGUAGCGCUUUACCAUGAUUCACCUAUAGAACUAUUCUACAAUCAUCUAAGUAUACCAUGUAAAAUGUUAAUGAGACAAUAAAAUAAAACAAAUCAGAAUAAACAAUAGUCAUAAGGACAAUAAAAUUUCUGGUCUAAAUUGGUAUAAAAAAACCUGACCGAAAAGGUAGGUUUGAAGAUUGGGUUUAAAAAUUGUCACUGAUGGGAUAGCACGCAAUUCAGCGAGCAAACUACUCCAGAGUUGAAAGCAUUUUUUUUUCCUUAAGCGGCUCCAGUAACAAGGUGCCGUUAUUCAAUCACUAAUAUAUAGUGGCACCAACCAUGAAUUUCCUUAAAAGCUAAGACUGAUAUGUUAAAACGAAUACGAGCGCGUACUGGGAACCAGUGAAGAUCAUGACGCGCUGGUGUAAAAUGGAAAUGCCUACCAAUGGUCAUAGAAAGUCUCGCCGCUGCGUUUUGAAUACGUUGUAAUUUUAAGAUCUUUAAUUUAAGUAACCAUACAAACACCACAGUCUAAGCGACAAAAUAAUAAAUGCAUGAAUAAGUGUCACCAAAGAAUUACGAGAUAAAUACUUCUUAAUUCACCUAAUGUUAUGUAAAUGAUAAAAGGCUGCAUUACAAAGUUUAGUAACAUGUGUUGAUAUGUUUAACUGACUAUCAAACCACACGCCGAGAUUUCUAGCACACAGACCUGGAUCAAUGUCGCGUUCACCAACAUUAAUACUACACGAAGUAUCAAUCUCAGUUAGUUGCUUUCUCGUUCCUAUGAAUAAAAACUCUGUUUUAUCGUCAAUAAUCAUUAACCUCUGCUUUAUCAUCCAAUUUCGUAAUUGUCAAUGAAUCUAGCCAUGGCGCUAUUAGCUUCAUUCUUACAGGCAUCAUCAGCAGGUUUUUAUCGGAAUUCUCGUUACGCAGUUCUUAAAUUUUUAUUUACUUAUUCAUUUAUUUUUAUUUAUUUUAUUUAUUUAUUUUUUUUAUAUGUAUGUAUAGAUUUUUUCGUAUUUUGACUGUAAGGCUUGUAUAGUACUCUUUAUGUGUAUCCUUUCAUUUUGUCCCCAAUCAGUUCAUAUAGCUUAAGUGUAGUAACUGUUGAAUUAGUUUAUAAUUAUUAUUACUUCCCCAACUGGUUUUUUUCAGUUUAAAUUGAAACGUUGUGAAUAAACGUAGUAUUAAAAAAUCCUAAGAGACAAGCCAGUUGGUUGUCUACAGAGCGUAGCUAAGGAGAUAACUCGGGACAACCAAAAACAAAUCCAGUAAGUAGCGGGGUGCAACAUGGAGGGUUUGAACCUGGGACCACCAGAUUACAAGCCCACGCCCUAACCACUCGGUCACACUCACCUUUCCUCAAAUCCUUCCUGUUUUCAAUUUUAUCUCCUUCCUUUUCAUCCCUGUCCAGGAAACCAACAAGUCAAGCGCUUGAACAGGCCAAGAAAAACGUCAUGGAAAAUUAUCUGGUAGUUGGUGUUACGGAGCAGUUGGAAGAUUUUCUAUUUGUCCUUGAAAAACUUUUACCAGAAUUUUUCACGGGCGUACUAGACACCUAUAAGACUCCAGGUUAGUGCAUAUCAAAACAAAAUAAAGAAAGACAAGGAGAUGCAUGAUACUAAUUGUUCUAUUACUUUCUCAAGCGAAAGAGAAAAACAGCGGAGUAUCAGUCUUCAGCGUGAUCUCUCAUAAAUUGUCUUCUUUUAAUAUUUUGUGUCAAUUCUUGUUCAAUUUAUCUAUUUUCAAGACACCUCGCGUCAUCCUUAUUCACAACUAAAACCAUUCGUAACUUGUUCACCCGCGUCUUCCCGUGGCUUAAGCAGAUUGCUUGUUUUAACGUUGAGUUCUCAUUGCACUUGUGAUAUUUCCGUUUCUACUGGUUUCCUUUUUAUAGUUUCCUAUAUUAAUUUUUAUCUUUUUUCAGACGAUAAUCUCAAUUCCAGGAUGACAUCUACCAGAACCGCGAACAAGAGGGGACCUUCUCCGGAGGUGCAAGAGAUAAUGAAGAAACGUAUGGAAUUAGAAUAUGAAUUUUAUGACUUUGUAAAGGAAAGAUUUAAUAGGCUGAAAGCCGAACUGAUGUCUGGAAAAAAUUGCUGA